GCCCCUAGCUUCCAGUCUUCCCCACUCUGAGUGCUCCCCUCAACUCAGAGACUAAAUGCAACUGGACCAGGGGGCUUGUGGGUAUGAAGUGGCUGGGCCAAUCCAAGAGCAUGGUGUUGAAUGGCAGCAGGUACUCCACCAGUGAGCAGCAGCCCGUGAGCCAGAGCCAGACCCGUUCCCAGCAGCAGCCCGUGAGCCAGAGCCAGACCCGCUCCCAGCAGCAGCUACACCCACAGAGGAGCUCUCUCCGACCAGGGACUGGCAGCAGGAGAUGUAGCCGCCGGUUCAGUGCGGCCAGCCUGGAGGCGGAGCGACGUUGUAUCCCGUCCUCUGGGAUGACCGCUAAGGAGCUGUGUGAGCACGAUGACCUCACCACCAGCCUCAUCCUCGACCCUUACCUGGGCUUCCAGACACACAAGAUGAACACCAGGUUUCGACCAAUCAAGGGAAGACAGGAAGAGCUGAAGGAGAUUAUUGAGCGGUUCAAGAAGCAUGACAACCUGGAGAAGGCUUUCAGAGCACUCACCWCUGGAGACUGGUCCAGACACCACAUCCUACACAAGUCUAAAGCCCAGGAGAAGCUCUUCAAACAGCAUGUAUUUGUGUAUCUCCGGAUGUUUGCGACUGACAGUGGGUUUGAGAUUCUCCCGUGUAACCGCUACUCCUCAGAGCAGAACGGAGCCAAGAUCGUGGCAACAAAGGAAUGGAAAAGGAACGAUAAGAUUGAGUACUUGGUGGGCUGCAUCGCCGAGCUGUCGGAGAGCGAGGAGAACAUGUUGCUGCGUCACGGGGAGAAUGACUUCAGUGUCAUGUACUCAACACGCAAGAACUGUGCUCAGCUGUGGCUGGGGCCUGCAGCCUUCAUCAACCACGAUUGCCGGCCAAAUUGCAAGGUGAGUGACGAAGCCCAGGGCUCAAUACAAUAGGCUGCUACCCUUGGUGAGAGUGAUG